AAGUCGCUUCAGUACUGGCGCGAAAGCCUUCCCGGCUAAACGUAUACGAAAGGAUUUACUCGUGGUGGUUUUUUGGCUUAUGGACUAAGUUAGUGUAUUGUUGGUAUAUUUCCAAAAUGUACGGUUGGCUGCUUGAAAGUGUUCAGCACUUUGUUGUGCAAGAAUGCGGGGAGGAGAUAUGGGAGACCAUCCUCAGGGAAGCCGGCGCCAGAAAUACCGUGUUCAGUGCCACUCAGCAAUAUCCUGACACGCUCAUGCUGCGUUUGGCCAGCGCUCUGGCUCGUCUGGUCACCAAGGACCCCAACAGCCCCACCGCAUCCAACGCCCCCAGCCCUCUGCCCAAGAAGCGCUCCCUGAAGUCCAGACCUAGCUGGAGGAGCGCCUCAGUCCACACUGACACCAGAAGCCAGGUCUUCAAAUGCCCGUUUUCAGCAGCCAACGCCCUUACAGCUGCUACCAAAAGAGAAAUAGACGCAUACAACUCCUCCGAGGAAAUCCGAGCAAAAACUCUCUCAGUUGACAAAAUUAAUGAGGAACAAGAAGGAGACGCGACUGUGGAAAGCGGCAAAGAAUUAGUGCUGUAUAAUAGGAGAAGCUUGGCAUUAAAGUUGGAAGAUGUUACUUCACCGAAAAUGGAGACAACACAAGGGCGAGCCAGCGAGGUGACCACAGAUGUGAAAUCUCCAGAGUCAGCAGUGAGCAACGAAACCGAUGAUAAAAGCAAGGACUCUGAAGCUUCGUCUUCUGGGGCUGGUAAGGCAGUUACUAGCCCUCGGAAAUCCAGCUGUACUACGGUAGAGAUAUACAAACGGAGGAAUUCAGGGGUACCAAUGAGGAACAGACUCAACAGUAUAACUGUGGCCGCUGAUAAGUUAAAAGCUAUGAAGGAAAAAUUUGGAACUCCAGAGAAAGUCAUGCAUUUCUUCGGGAGAUGUUUCGUCAAGUUCUUUAGCAAUUAUGGCUACGACACGAUGAUCCGCGCGACGGGGCGCUACUUCACGACGUUCCUCCAAUCAGUGGACAGCAUCCACCAGCGCAUGCGCUUCACGUUCCCGCGCAUGCGCUCUCCCAGCAUGCAGCUCACGCGCGCGCAUGUCCACGGGGCAGAGCUGCUGUACAGCAGCGGGAGGACCGGGUUCACGCACUAUCUUAUGGGUCAGUUAUACGAGAUAGCUGAAGACAUUUUCUCGCUGAAACUGAAAGUUUCAGUGGUGAAGGAGAGUAUGGAGGGGUCGUAUUACGUCGCUGUGUUAAGAUUGGAGUUCGAUAAUAGUGAUUAUGUGCAAUCCCUGAUGCUGAAGAAGUCGCUCCCGUGCCCGCUGCCGCCCGUGCCGGCCGCGCUGCUCAUGCAGCUGUUCCCCUUCGGAGUCAUGCUGGAUAGGAAGAUGAGGGUGCUGCGGGCUGGGGAUAAGUUACUAGCUGCUUGGGGAGGUCCGAUACAUCGAGUGAAGGUGGCUCCUGUGUCCGAAAUACUCCGCCUGAGGAAACCAAAAAUACCGUUCACUUGGGACAAGGUAGUGUGCAUGCAGACGAUGAUCUUCGAGUUGGAGCUGCUGCGGUGGCGCGGCAAGGCGGCUGCGGGGGACCGGCGCGGCUCGCAGGGUGCAAGAGCCAUCCUGCUGAAGGGACCCAUCUAUCUGCUGGAGAAGAUUGAUGCGCUUAUUUUUCUUUGUAGUCCUAUCUUCAACGACCUGGAGGAGCUGAGCCAGGCGGGGCUGUACCUGGCGGACCUGAACAGCCACGGGCUCUCCAAGGAGAUGCUGCUCAACGGCUGGCAGCACCUGUCGCGGCUGGAACUGCUGUUCGAGAAGGCUGAGAGCAGGAGUCUGUCCUUAGAGAAGUCCUGCAGGCUCCGAGACCAAUGGAAGAAGAAGGGGGACCAGCUUCUAUACUCAAUGAUACCGAAAUCAUGUGCCCUACAUCUACGGGAAGGCAGGGACCCUAUGGAAGCUUGUCAGGCAUACGAAUGCGUGACAAUAAUGUUCUGCGGCGUGCAGCUGACGGAGGCCGGGACUCGAACCGGGGUCAUGCAGACCGUGGCCUACAUCAACGACGUGUACUCGCGCAUCGACCGCCUGCUCGAUUCGCUGGAGGCACGGGUUUAUAAGGUGGAGACAGUGGGCACGGUCUACAUGGUGGUGUCGGGGGCGCCGGAGCGGCGCCGCCACCACGCCGCCGCCGCCGCCUCCGCUGCGCUCGCCGUCUGCACUGCUCUGCCUAAACUCACUAUUGGCAUCCACUCCGGGCCGUGCGUGGCGGGCGUGCUGGGGCUUCGGCUGCCGCGGUACUGCCUCGUGGGCGACACCGUCAACACCGCCAGCCGCAUGCAGACCACCUCCGAGCCCGGUCGCAUCCAGAUUUCCGCUGAAACAAAGGCUCAACUACCACCCAGGUUCAGGAUUAGGAGACGCGGCCUUAUUAAAGUGAAAGGCAAAGGAAUGAUGGACACGUAUUGGUUGGAAGGAGAAGUGGAAGAGGACGAGCAACAAGAAGCUUUGCAGUUGUUCUCCGCUUUGUGUGGUGACAACUAGUGCGUAACUGACUACCGUAGGUAUCUAGUGCCUACA